UUAAAAGCACGAGUGAUGAAUAUAUAAGUAGUCCCUUUCUAAAGUGAUUUUUUUGAUUAUUAUUAGUAUUUGUUUUUUGUUUUUCCUGGAAAAAAAGUUUGGAUUUUUAUUUUUCCAGAUAAGAAAAAAAGUUGGGAGGGGUCGUCUCGUCGCUGUGGGUUUUAUAAUAAAGGGAGAAGGAGCGUCCAAGAAUAGACAAAGAAUAUUAACAGAGGGAGAGCGUCAGAGAGAGAAAAAUAUAUUACAAUGGAAGAGACAACGAAGAAGAAGAAUAAGAUCGUUAUUAACGAAGAAGAUGAUUCCAAAAAGAAGGAGCGUCAUUUUGUUACCUGGUCUCAACAGGAGGAUGAUAUUCUCAGACAGCAAAUCACUUUAAAUGGAACUCAAAAUUGGGCGAUCAUUGCAUCUAAGUUUACUGAUAAGAGCACAAGGCAGUGUAGAAGAAGAUGGUAUACAUACUUAAACUCUGAUUUCAAGAGAGGUGGUUGGACUCCUGAAGAAGAUACUCUUUUGUGUGAGGCACAGAGACUGUUUGGGAACAGAUGGACUGAGAUUGCAAAAGUGGUCUCAGGCAGAACUGAUAAUGCAGUGAAGAACAGGUUCACAACACUGUGCAAGAAGAGAGCUAAGUAUGAAGCCAUGGCUAAAGAGAAUAGUAUUGCUUGUUCUGUGAACUCAAACAACAAGAGAGUCCUGUUCCCAGAUGGUGUUACUGCACCCUGCAAAGUCGAAAGUGAAUCUCCUAUUGCUAAGAAACCAAGGAGAAGUCACAUUCCAGACCUUAAAGAGAUCACUAGCUAUGGGGAUAGAUCACAUAUAAAGGUUCAUUCAAGUGUGAAUCAGCAAGUAAGACCUCCAUUUUCGGUACUACCCCACAAUGCCACAAGUGUUGGUAGCACGGAGGAGCAGAAUCAAACAGACAAUGUGAAAGAAAAUGACGGUAACCAAGAAGUGUUUCUUAAGAAGGAUGAUCCAAAGGUAACAAACUUGAUGCAACAAGCUGAGCUUCUCAGUUCAUUGGCGCAUAAAGUAAACUCAGACAACACUGAACAAAGCAUGGAGAAUGCAUGGAAGGUCCUGCAGGAUUUCUUGAAUAAAAGCAAAGAGAAUGAUAUAUUCCGUUAUGGACUUCCGGAGAUGGAUUUCCAGCUUGAGGAGGAGUUCAAGGAUCUUGUUGAAGAUUUGAGGAGUAGUAAUGAAGCUAGUCAAGUAUCUUAUAGGCAACCUGAUCUCCAUGAUUCACCAGCAAGCUCUGAGAAUAGCUCAGGAUCAACUGUAAUGCCGCACCCUUCUGGUGAUAAGACCCAACAGCAACCAAUGUCUUCUGAUACUCAGACAAUAUCUCAGAAGCAAAGUGUCGUGGAGGUACUACAGGAUCAAGGGAUUGUGUCUGAUGCAACUGUGGAACAAGUGGGUUUACUCUCAACUUGUCAUGAUGAUAUCCUAAAGAACUGUAAUGAGAUUGUGCCCAUGUCUGGUGAAGAAGAGUUUAACUCGCCUGUUCAAGUCACUCCACUGUUCAGAUCUCUAGCAGCAGGCAUCCCAAGCCCUCAAUUCUCUGAAAGUGAGAGGAGCUUUCUUCUAAAAACACUGGGUGUGGAGUCCCCAUAUCCAUGUCCGAGUGCUAAUCCUUCACAACCACCUCCUUGCAAAAGAGUCCUUCUUGAUAGUUUGUAAACCAAACCAACCCAACCAGAAAAAAAAAACGAACCUAAAACCGCAGUUGUGUCCUCAUGGAGUUGGACAUAACAUGCAUUUCUUCUCUUUUUGCUUAGAAAUUUCUUCAUAGGUUUUGCAGCCAUAUCGGCCUGAAAAAGUUUUAGUGAAGCGGGCGUGCCAUGAUCUGCAUUUUUCCCCCUCAGUGGUCUAGACUCCAUUGAAUGUUAAAGGUAACAUUUCUAAGUCUAGACCAAUCUCAGAAACUGAGUUUCUCUCUCAGAUACUCAGCAUUCAACUCAUUCAGAGAGUUUCUUCUCAUACUUAAAAAAGGCUUCAAGUAUGAGUGUUUCUUCAGUUUAUAGUUCGUGUGUCUAAGAAAAAAGAAAGAUUCUUUGGUUUCAUCUCCCCCUCUUUUAGGGUCAAACCCAGAUACAUAAUCUGGGUCUUUGCCUCCCCCAUGAAUUCUUAAUUUGUUGUGUUCUUGAUUCUCUGUACAGAAGAAACCUAUAUAGUAACAACUUCAGAGAGGCAUGUCGCCUUUCUAUAUACAGUAAUGAUUAGAAAAAAAACAGACAGAAGAAGAAUAAGAAAAGAUAAGCCAAGACUAGCAUAAGGUUUUGGAGAAGAAGAAAAAAAAAACUUUGCUUUCAAUUCAUUUUCUUUCUGUAGUGUAACUUCUCAUAGGUGUGAGAAGUUCUCAUAGAUGUGAGAAGAAGAAAAACAGAAAAAUAUAUUUUUUGUUUCCCCUUUGUUUCCUUCUCAGAAGAUUCAUAUGAUUUGUAAAGAGAUGAUUAUAUGGGUGGAAAUGAUUUGAUUUUGGUGUGACA